GACCCAGCUCGGUAUAUUUGCUGUAUGUUUUUGCCAUGGAUCUUCACUGGGGAACAUACUGUCUGUGGACGUUUUGCUUCACAGGUACCACUGUGGGUAACCCAAUCCAACUCCUCCCCAGCCCCUCGCAUCUCUCCCUGCUGGCCGGAGAGAACGCUACACUCAGCUGCCGUCUGAGUCAAAACAGCGGCUUCAAGUCCUACUUUUACUGGAAGGCAGUGAAGCAGCACCCGACUGCAAGAGAAAACGAAACACCUGACUUCAUCGAGGAGGAGGGGCGCUUCUCAAUUAGCACAGAGGAGGACAGCCCUCCGACUGCUGUCAGCACUCUGCUGAUCAGUGACGUCACUCCGUAUGACCACGGCAGGUAUUUCUGUGCCGUGCAUCUCCUGGGAGACACGACACACGUGCUGCUUAACAGUACCUACAUUCAACUGGACGUGAAAGCCCGCCCACAAUUAUCCCUCACCUCUCAUCCUUCCAACACUUCGGGCUCUCGGAUCCUGUCCUGCAGGGCUGUGGGCUUCUACCCUCCAGACGUGAGCCUGUCCUGGGAUGGCUCCUCUAUGGGGGUCCUGUCCCCCACGCCGCAGGGACCCCCCACACUACACCAGGAUGGCAGCUACAGCACCAGUUCCACCCUGCUGGUUACUGAGGCGCUGUGGAUCACUGGUGAGGAGAUCGCCUGUGUGCUGAGCCACUCCUCUCUGACACAGCCGCUGAGGAAAAGCAUUAGGCAGGAAGGUACGAGGUUCCCCUCCCGAGUGCUCACAAAGGUCUUCAUGCAGAACGCCACCCCAUUGCUUCUGUAG